AUGUCACACUCCUCCAUCACCCACCUGGAGAGACACCAUGACUCCUCAAUCACCCACCUGGAGAGUGACCCCCGUCACACUCCUCCAUCACCCACCUGGAGAUAUGACCCCCCGUCACACUCCUCCAUCACCCACCUGGAGAGUACGACACCAUGUCACACUCCUCCAUCACCACCUGGAGAGUCACACUCCCUCCAUCACCCACCUGGAGAGUACACCAUGUCACACUCCUCCAUCACCCACCUGAGAGUACACCCCAUCACACUCCUCCAUCACCCACCUGAGAGUAGACACCAUGACCACCAUGUCACACUCCCUCCAUCACCCACCUGGAGAGUACGACACCAUGUCCAUCACUCCACCUGGAGAGCACACCCCCCGUCACACCCUCCAUCACCCACCAGUACCACUUCAUCACACUCCCCCAUCACCCACCUGAGUGUCACCUCCUCCAUCACCCACCUGGAGAAGUAUGACACCAUGUCACACCUCCAUCACCCACCUGGAGAGUACGUCACACACCUGGAGAUGUCACACUCCUCCAUCACCCACCUGGAGAAGUACGACGUCACACCCCCUGGAGAGUCACACUCCUCCAUCACCCACCUGGAGAAGUAUGACCCCAUGUCACACUCCUCCAUCACCCACCUGGAGAGUAUGACCCCAUGUCACACCUCUCCAUCACACCCACCUGGAGAGUAUGACCCCAUGUCACACCUCCUCCAUCACCCACCUGGAGAAGUACGACACCAUGUCACACUCCUCCAUCACCCACCUGGAGAGUACGACACCAUGUCACACUCAUCACCGCCUGGAGAGUGGCGUCACACCUCCAUCACCCACCUGGAGAAGUACGACACCAUGUCACACUCCUCCAUCACCCACCUGGAGAGUACGACCCCCCAUCACACUCCUCCAUCACCCACCUGGAGA